AUGAAUUGCAACGCCCCUUACGCGACAAGGUCUAAAAAACGUAAUGCAGUUGCCAACCCAUAUGCGACAAGGUCUAAAAAGCGUGAUGCAGUUGCCAACCCAUACAUGACAAGGUUUCAAAAACGUAAAGCAGCUGCCAACCCUCUACCAAGAGUUGAAACAACUCUCCUUGACCUCCCGUAUCAUAUCAUCACAGACAUACUAGUUAGGCUCCCAGCAGAAUGUGUUUUCCGGUGCCAACUAGCGUCUAAAUUCCUUGAGAUCUUAGUCAGGACUCCUUUCUUUAUUCGCACACACCUUGCUCGUCCAACUACUCCUAUCAUCGCUUUGCAAUCUUUUACACAAUCUAGUGAACGGGAUAUGAAGUUUUAUUUUACUGAUGAGCAGGCUAAAAAGGUUGAGGAAGCGAACUUGAAACUUGAUUUGCACUACAUGCAGAAAGAUGAUCCGGUCAUGCUUUAUAAUUCUUAUGACGGGUUUUUUUUAUUGAAAAACAGCAAAAAUUAUGGAUCGAGAUCUAUUUUUAUCAUAUGGAAUCCUAUAACAGAAGAACAAGCAACUGUUACGACGGAAGGUUACUACUUCCACGUAUGUGGAUUUUAUUUCAAUCCUCACAACAAGGAAUAUGAGGUUAUUCUUCAUCACUGGGUAUACAGAGAUGGGAACAGUGGAAGGUAUGCCUUCGACAUACUAAGUGUUGGAUCUAAAUCAAGGAGAAAUAUUGGCAAAUUCCCGUAUGUGCCAAAGAGUGAAAGUCCUCCCACGAUCAUAAACGGGACAUUAUAUUGGAUUGUUGGCAACAUUGUUGAGGAGAUUAAUUGUUCAAAUUCCAUUAUGGCGUUUGAAAUCAGAACAAAGAAGUUUUGCACGAUGCCACAUGGUGGGGCUUUUUGUGAUUAUCCUUGCCUUCAUCCUUAUAAAAUGCACUUAAUAGAGAUGGAAGGGAAGUUGGGUUUAUGUGUUGUUUCUUCCUCGGAUCCUAAUAAACUUGUGCUAUGGGUUCUAAAUCGUGAAACAAAUAGCUGGGCCAAAACACAUACUGUGACUCUUGCCAAAUGCUCUACGCCGAAAUAUUUGUCAUAUUGGCCAAAUACCUCGGAAGUGGAAGUUCUGCUUAAGAAGGAUGGUAAAUUGUUAAUUAGACAUAACCACAGAGUGUUACUUUGGGAUUUGGAUUCAAAUACUGGCAAGAUAGUUAAGAAGAGAGGAUUUGAGGAUGAUAAUUUUCGACCAGUGGUUCAUACUCAGAGUCUAGUCUCCUUGGAUACCGAUAAAUUGAUACAGUUAGACUCAUCAAGAGGUUAA